GUUACCGAUGACAAUUAAAGUGACAUCCGGUUGGUGGUUUGAUUCUCAAUAAUAUCUUCACGUUCCCCCUUUUAAUUGUUAUUAUUGAUCUAUUCAUUAAAAAGGAAAAAUUGCUUCAAACGCUAAAAUGUCCAAGAGGCAUGCGGAGGAGGCCCCGGCCUCCUCUGGCGGUCAGCCGCCGAUUAAAAAAAUACACUUUGAACCACAUUUGAUUGGACCGGUAUCUACUCUGGAAGAAAUGGAUAUCAAAGUUCUACAAUUUCAGAACAAAAAACUGGCCCAAAAAAUUGAGCAAAGACACAGAACUGAACAGGAAUUGAGACAGAGGAUCGAACAGUUAGAAAAAAGACAAACUCAAGAUGAUGCAAUGUUGAAUGUAGUCAAUCGGUAUUGGAAUCAACUCAAUGAGGAUAUUCGAAUACUUUUACAGAGAUUUGAUGCAGAAACUGCUGAUGAGUCUGAAAAUAAAAAUGAGAAUGAAGCAACCACUUCUUUUUUGAUGCAAUUAUCUACAUGGGAUAAGGAUGAGCUCAAUGAUAAAUUGGCUAAUCGAGUUCAAGUAUCAAGAAGAGCUGUUGCAAAAGUAAUUCAAGCUUUUGAUAGACUUAUGCAAAGAAAUGAAAAAAUUACGUUAGCGUUAAAAGGAGAAGUGGAAGGACAGGAUGCUCCUUCAGUUGAUGAAGUCAUAAGACAAGCAAACGUUGAACUACAAGCGGAAAACAGAAAUUUGCAAGCAUUGCAAACUACUCUACAUGAAAAAUAUCAUUUGAACAGUCUAAAAGUAGCUGAAUUGCAAGAUUCUGUUACUGCCAGGGAGACAGAAAUUGCAGAAUUGAAGAAUCAAAUUGAUGAUUUGCAAUACGAAUUUGAUAAGGUGCGCAAUAGAAAUGACAAACUAGAAACCCAUUUGGCUGAAGCUAUUGAGAAACUUAAAACUUACAACCAACUUCAUGGAGAUCCUGAUAAGAAUGCUACGCAGAAACCGGUGGUACAGUCGAGUGUUUCUCAAGCAAAACUGGAAGAUUUGAUGAAAGAAGUGGAAGAAUGGAAAGAAUUGGCCAAUAAUAGACUUCAAGAGCUGGAUAAGCUGCAUAUGACUCACAGGGAAACUCUUAAAGAAGUGGAGAAGUUGAAAAUGGAUAUUCGUCAACUUCCGGAAAGUGUUAUUGUCGAAACAACGGAAUACAAAUGUCUUCAAUCUCAAUUUUCUGUGCUAUAUAAUGAGUCAAUGCAGCUUAAAACUCAAUUGGACGAAGCUAGGCAACAAUUGCAGCAGACCAAAAAUGCCAAUGCUAGAAAUAUCGAACUUAUGGAAAGUGACGAACUCAUGUCUCAAAAAAAACUUCGUCAGGAAGUCAUGCAGUUGGAAGAUUUCUUAGCGCAAAUAAGAAAGGAAUACGAAAUGCUACGUAUUGAAUUUGAGCAGAAUCUUGCCGCCAACGAACAAACCGGUCCCAUAAACCGUGAAAUGAGGCAUCUUAUAACAUCCCUUCAGAACAAUACUCAGCAAUUGAAAGGAGAAGUGCAUAGAUAUAAGAGAAAAUACAAAGAAGCGAAUGCGGAAUUACCUAAGUUGAGAAAAGAAAUCGAAGACCUUCAAAGCAAAAUAGCUCAGUUGGAAUCUAAUCAGGAUUCUAAAGAACACAUUAAGCAAGAAAUCAAAGAGGAAGACACAAGUACUUCUGAGGGAAUACAAAUCAAGGAGGAAGGGUCUACUACCCCCACAAUUAAGAAGGAAGAAGACGAUACAGAGCAUAUGGAAGAUGCAGAUACUGACAAAGACAAAGCAGGCGGUUCUCCAUCAUCGAAAAAAGAUGGAAACAAACAAGGUCAAGGGGUUGUCAAGAAAGAUCCUGUGAAAACCGAGAAGGAUCAUAGGGAGGCCCAACGUGCGAAGGAGCAGAAAAUAAUGGAAAACGAGAUUAUAAGGGAUUUGAAAAAUCAGCUCAAGAAAGCUCUGAAUGAACAGAAAGAAAUGAAGCUGCUUCUGGAUAUGUACAAAAGCGUGAUUAAAGAUCAGAGGGAUAAGGUACAGUUGAUGGCUACGGAGAAAAAACUACGUAUGGAGGUCGACGAUCUUCGACAGCAAAUCAAGAAAAUUCAGGACAGUAAAAGAGAUGACAAACGAAAAAUGGCAGAAGACGAAGCCCUGAAGAAAAUCAAGCAAUUAGAAGAGCAGAAAUAUGAGCUCCAGAAGCAGGUGGCUAACCAGAAGCCUGCCGACGGUAGCUGGGGUAAUGUUCUGCACCAAAUGAGACCGUUUGUCGGGUCACAAGAAGAAGAGGCCCUUCUUAACGAGAUGGAAGUGACCGGACAAGCGUUCGAAGACAUGCAGGAGCAAAAUUCGAGGCUGAUCCAACAGUUGCGAGAAAAGGAUGAUGCGAAUUUCAAGCUCAUGUCCGAGAGGAUCAAAUCAAAUCAACUGCAUAAAUUGGCGAGGGAGGAGAAAGACGUUCUUAAGGAACAAGUGCAAACUUUGACCACUCAAGUGGAUGCCGCGAAUAUUGUUGUGCGUAAACUGGAGGAAAAAGAGAGGAUUUUGCAAAAUACUUUGGCGACUGUUGAGAAGGAAUUAUCCCUGAGGCAACAGGCCAUGGAGAUGCACAAGAGGAAGGCCAUCGAGUCGGCUCAGAGUGCAGCCGACCUGAAACUUCAUUUAGAAAAAUACCACUCCCAGAUGAAGGAAGCUCAACAGGUGGUAGCAGAGAAGACAAGUUCAUUAGAAGCAGAGGCUUACAAGACCAAGAGACUUCAGGAAGAGAUAGCGCAGCUGAAACGGAAGGCGGAGAGGAUGAAGAAGAUGGAAAUUUCAGGAACCACCCUGGAUGAAGUCAUGAUGGAGGAAAUUAGGGAGUACAAGGAGACUCUCACAUGUCCUUCGUGUAAAGUCAAGAGGAAAGACGCAGUCUUGUCGAAAUGUUUCCACGUCUUCUGUUACGAUUGUCUCAAAACCAGGUAUGAGACCAGGCAGAGAAAGUGCCCCAAAUGUAAUUGUGCUUUCGGAGCUAAUGAUUAUCAUCGAUUGUAUCUAUCUAAUUAAUUGAUGUGGGGAAUGUAUUUUUUUAUGAUUUUAUGUACUGAGUUUUAUGCCUUGAUUUGGUUAUAUAAAUAUAAGCUAUAAAUGGUUA